AUGUUUUGGUACAUUUGGCCUUUGCGUUUUUUUUUUUCAGGGAAUCGAUUAGUUAGUCAACAACCCAUUAAUUCUGAAGAAGUUCGCUUGCAAUUUCAGUCUGAAAGGUCCGAAACAAUCGGUUCAGACAACGUCGACAAUUACAAUCCGAAUCCAGCGGAUAAAAAUACAAACAAAUUAGGAAAAAGAAAAGAGGUAAAAGAAAAGGAUAAACUUCGGGAGGAUUUGUCUAGUGAUGAAAAUGAUAAGGAUUCCGGUAGGAGACACGAUAGAGACUCAGAUUAUUAUGAUAAAAGGGAUAGAAAUUGGGAAAGGGAAGAUUCGUCGGGUGAAAGAUACAAUGACGAGCGUGAAAGAAGAGUGAAAGAAAGGGAUCGAAAAGAUUGGGAUAGGGAAAAAAGAAAAGAAUCACCGGGGAAAUACAGAGAAGAUAAGAAUAGAAGGAGAGAAUACAGAGAGGAUAGGAGAAGACAUAACGAAAAUCGGGACCGAGAAAGAGAUAGAGAUAGAGAUAGGGAUCGGGAUAGGGAUAGAGAUCGCGAUCGAGAAAGAGAGAGAUAUCGUGAUAGCGACAGAGGGUACAACUACAGUCCGGCCUAUUACAAUUAUUACUAUCAAUAUUACGAAAAUUUAAGGAGAACAAAUCCGGCUGCUUACGCCGAAUGGUUCCGUAAAUAUUAUGCUCAUUCACAACAGGGAACAUUCGAUGGAACGUACACCGAUGACAGAGGUAGCGUUCACUCGGGUCGGAGCUCAGCAAACGAUGAAAAUAAAGACCGAAAGUUAGAUUCGUCUCUGCAAAUGGAGUCGAUACAAAGGUUAACGCCGGCAAAAUUCACAACAGCACACGUAAAAGGAAGUCUCACUCCGAGAGGACAAUUGCUUAAAAUUUUGGCUCACUAUCCGCUAGACGGUCAACCCGCCAUUUUAGAAAUCCACGAGAAUUUAAAUUGUUUCGAAAAUGUUAGAAAGGAAUUCUUAAACUUUCCGGGACCUUUAAUAAAGGGCGUGACUCAUAAAAAUAACAUUCUAAGAUAUUGUAAAAGUAAAAUUAAAGAAGCCGAUAAUGAUCCGAAUAUUUACGACAAAGAAUCUUACAAACUCAUUUGGGAACUCCUCAUGCUGUUAAUACGACAAAAUGGAACCGUAGUUGGAACCGACAUAGCAGAAUUAUUAAUGUGCAAUCGCAGUGCAUCCGUUUCACGACAACAAUCAACCGGAGCACAAUCCACUCCAUCAGAUGAUGGAGCGCAAUCAGAUUUAACCGAAGAAGAAAUCACGAAUCAGUUUAGAGAUUAUUUAAUUUACGGAAAUACAAAAGAGGCUUUAGAGUGGGCAAUGAAAAACGGUUUGUGGGGCCACGCAUUGUUUUUGGCUUCGAAAAUGGAUCAAAGGACUUAUGCAAGCGUAUUAACUCGUUUUGCAAACGGUUUGAAAAUGAAUGAUCCUCUUCAAACGUUAUAUCAAUUGAUGUCCGGCAGACAACCGGCUGCCGUAACGUGUUGUGCUGAUGAAAAAUGGGGCGACUGGAGACCUCACUUGGCUAUGAUACUUUCUAAUUCCACGGCUAGACCGGAUUUAGACGUAAAAGCUGUUACCACAUUGGGAGACACUUUGGGUUCGCGUGGAAAUUUACACGCGGCUCAUUUUUGCUAUCUGAUGGCUCAAGUGGAAUUCGGUACAUUUUCACAGAAAACAAGCAAAAUUGUUCUCAUUGGAUCUUCUCACACUUUACCCUUUCAACAGUUUGCUAGUAACGAAGCCAUAUUUGCAACUGAAAUUUUUGAAUUUGCUUGUAGUUUAGCCGAUCCUGACUUUGCGCUACAUCACCUUCAAGUUUAUAAGUUAAUCAUGGCAAAAAGGUUGGCCGAAGUCGGCUUGUUGCCGGAAGCAGUUCAUUACGUCGAAGUCAUUGCGAAUACGAUCGCGAAAUUUCCCGCUAAAUAUCCGCCAUAUUUCAUUCAAGAAGUUUACAAUUUGGGAAGCAUGUUGAAAUAUUACGAUCCCGUUUAUAAUAGCAGCGAAGGAAGUAUUAACGAUCCAGAAUGGCUCCUUCAGUUGUCUAGCGUUUUAAAUGAUUAUCAAGGAAUUCAAAGUUUACCUUUAGAUCAGACUCAGUCCUUGGAUCCAGCCAACGAUACAAGACAAUGGCAAAAUCAGCAAGACGUUUAUUACGAACAACAGUCUCAACAGCAACAGCAACCCCAAUGGCAUCACUGGAAUCAACUUCAACCGAGCGUCACGGAUCCGUCGGAUUUUCAACAGCCGAACGAAAACGAAUAUUUAUCCGGAUUAGGAGUGGAAACAACGGAUGGAAGUCAAAAUCACUCGAUUUAUAAUUAUUACGACAUGAAUAGAAAAGAGAAAUCCGAAAAGUCAGAAUCUGUAAGUACAUCAACCCUAUUAAUAUCAGACUCCCAUCGAUGUCACUCGGCGCCAAAAUUGACCAAACAAUUAUCUCUUUCUCUCGGACCUUCAGUUAAGCAAACGAAAAAAUCGUUGAAAUAUUUAAAAACCCCCCACUUGUUUCCUUUAUUCAAUUAUUCGCGUGAUAAACUUGUUUAUUCGGAUUUGUCGUUGAAUAAUAAUAAUAAUAAUAAUAAUUCAAAAUUGAAAUGUCUCACCGUGCCGAAUCCGAAUUAUUUUAUUAACGUGAGAGAUAGAAAAGAAAGUUCGUCGUCGAAUCACACGGACAACGAAGAUUCAAACAACGAAGAGGUUUCGCUGAGAAACAUCCAAAUGGACAAAAUAAAAAAGUUCAAAUCUAGAUUCAAGGAAAAAAAAUAUUUGAGUCAAGAUUUUGGCGGAAGUUCGGAAGAUUCAAGAGACGUAGACGAAGCUGGCAAUUCGGACGAUUUCAAUUCGUUCAGUGAAAAAUUCAAUUAUAAGGAAAAGAACAAGAAAAGAAAAUCUCUGUCGUUGUGGUGCCUUCAAAGAGCGAACGAUAAUUAUAAAAUUGUUGAUGCGUUCGGAGAAGACAGUAGAGAAACGGAGAAAAUAUCCGAAAGUUCCGACGUGGCAGAAUCACCCGAUGACGUAUUUUUAAAUAAACCGAUGAAAAAAGUAGUCAGAGCCAGACGUGGAAGUAGACUGUUUUUGAAAGACUACUUGGACGACAACAAUUCCGACUCGGAUGUUUAUUUUAAUAAGAAAAAAAAAUACAACGCGGGUUUGCUCACGCGAUUCAAAUCGGAAAAUUCUCAUUUGUUGCGUAAUGGGAGAAACGUCGCGAAUCAGGAAAUUGUCGACAAAUCGGCUUUGUGGCGACAAAGCACGGCCGAAACGGCGUCCAUGCUCGCAUUCAAUUCUCGUAAACUUCCGCGAAGUUUCGAAAUAUACGGGAAAAAUCUCAGUAAAAAACUUUUGAUGAAUUUGAAAUUCAAUUUGUUCGGGAAUUCCGGAAGGUCGGAAAAGCGAGAGAUGAUUAUCGGGCAAAGGCCGAUCGUUUUCGGCGGUACAUUUCCCAUAGACAUGCCACUCGGCGGCGACACGAGAAAUCGUAUCGUGAUCGAAAAAGACGUGACCGAUAAAGUCAUACCCAUGUCAGAAGUUCGAACCUACGAAAUAGACGUGCCUUUAAGUGACGGCGAAACAAAAUCGGAAAUUACUUCCGCGAGAGAAAAAAGCACGAGUAGUAGUGGUGCGGCCAUUAUAUACGUUUUCCGAUAUUGUGGUUUUCCGUCGGAACAACAAGCGGUGCCGACGAUACAUCAAACGCCUUUGACCGGAAACAAACAGCGUACGACGAGUCAAUCGUCAGUAGAAGAUAGAAUAGGAAAUGACGCGACGAAAUCGAGAGGAGUUAAAAAGGAUGGUAACAAACACAAUCGAAGUUCCGGUUCCUGGUUCGGUGGAAUAUGGAACAAGUUACCCUUCCGGCCUAAAAAUCAAAUGAUAUUACCAGACGAUAAAAAUCCGUCGAUCGUGUGGGAUUCAGAUAAAAAUCGUUGGGUUAAUUUAAAUUCAGACGAAGAUGAUUCCGUGUCUGCGAUUCCUCCUCCUCCGAAAGCUUCCGAUUUAGCCGGGGAAAACAUUCCGAAACUCUCACCCGGAGUCGUGCCGUCUAAUUCAAACACGUCGUUCAAUUCUCAUUCGGGUUUAAAGUCGAAUUACGUUGACGUAUUGAGCAAAGGAUCGGCGACGACACCGAGUCCCGCUGUCGCUCCUCCCGAUUUAUUUCCAACAAUGAAUUAUUCUUCUCAGAUACCGACAAACUAUUUCAUUCCAGCUCCGGGUAAGCAACCGUGA